ACGGUUUGAAUUCAUUUUCGUAGUGAAACUCCAAGAAGAAGCGUGCCAAAUAAUCGAUUACGAUGUUGUUUUUAUCAUUUUGUAGAAUUUAUUUGUUUCAAGUUUUCUUGAUAGCAGCGUCGUUCAUUGCAUCUGGUGCAGAGGAAACUGUUUUAGCAAAAGACUUGAAGUUUGAAUUGAAUAGUGGAGACCGCAUGCCUUUGGUUGGACUUGGAACUUGGAAAAUAAGUGGAACUGAAGUGGUGAGGAAUUCUCUGGAUUUAGCUCUCGCUGCUGGUUUCAGGCUUAUAGACAGUGCCUCUGCUUAUAAAAAUGAAGAAGAUAUUGGAAAAGCUCUGAAAGAACUGCUGCCCAAAUACAACCUGACAAGGCAGGAUAUCUUCAUUACAACAAAAUUAUCUCCCGUUGAUCAAGGCGAGAAGGCCUAUGAAGCUUUGGAAAAGUCCCUCAAAAACUUAGACUGUGGCUAUAUUGAUCUUUAUUUGAUACAUUGGCCUGGUGUUCGUGGAGUGAACUUGUCGGAUGCUGAGGUUAGCAAACGUCGAGAUCUUAGCUGGCAGCACCUGGUUAGAGGAAAGAAAAAUGGCCUCACCAGAAACAUUGGGGUCUCAAACUAUAAAAUUCGCCAUUUAACUGAAUUGUUGAACAAUGAUCAUGGAGUUCGACCUGCAGUGAACCAGGUGGAAUGGCAUCCUUAUUAUCACUCAGAUGAUCUACUCAAUUUCUGCAAAAAAGAAGGUAUUCUGCUACAAGCUUAUUCGUCUUUAGGGGGAACUGACAGAAAAGAAUUAUUGGAAGAUCCAGAGGUCAAGAAAAUUUCAGAAAAAUUAGGAAAAACUCCUGCCCAGGUUCUACUCCGCUGGCCACUUCAGCAAAAUAUUGCUAUAAUUCCCAAAGCUCGUUCAAAAGAACAUAUGGAACAAAAUAUAGACCUCAACUUCAACAUUUCAGAAGCCGAUAUGGGUAUUUUGAACAACCUCAACAAAACACGUCAGUUUGCCUGGAAUCCAGAAACAGUAGCCUGAAUUUUAUCCACAUAUUACGGCCCUAGUAAAUAAUUUCAAUAAAAAAUAUGGGUUUUU